AUGCCCAAACCUCAGCCUGCGCCAGAUAUCCCUCCACAACCACAAAAUCUGCCUCUGCCCACAGAUCCGAGCCCUAAUACUGCCAUCUCCGUGGCUAAUCCUUCUCCAGAGGAGAACCCCGCAAUUGCUGCAGCUCCCACCGCCGAAACCCUACCCAACUUCCUUCUCCAGGAGGACUUCCCCCCAUUGCCAAGUAUGCGUAACGGAGGAUCCCCCUCGAGCAUUACAUCCUUCACCUACUCAGUUGAUGGUACCCCCAGAAUCCGAGUCCCAAGCUCGGUUUUUGUCGAGGCAUCUAGAGCCUGGGAAGGAUACCUCAUUGCUCAGUUCUACGGGAUUGCGCCUUCAGCUUCCAAGAUCUUCCAAUCUCUUAAUCCCAUCUGGGGAAGAAAGGGAAACAUCACAGUAAGGCGUACAGGCGACGCUGGAUGCUUGGUAUGUAUUCCUGACUUAGCAACACGUGAGUGGGUCCUGGAGGUAGGGCUUUGGCGUGUAGCUGAUGUAAUGUUCACCUUGGUGGAAUGGACCCUUGUAUCCUCACUCCGCAAACCAGCUCUUAGCUCCGCUCCAAUAUGGAUCACACUCCGAAAUAUACCGGCUGAUAUGUACUCUUUAAAGGGCAUCAGCUACAUUGCCAGUGACACUGAGAAGAUGAGACUAGAUCCGUUAACAAUCGGAGAAGCAAGAAUAAAGGUCGAGGUCCAGCUUGGAGCCGUCCUACCAUCCUUGGUUGAGAUCGAGGAUGACAGAGGUCAGAUCAUCAAGGUAGAGGUACAUUACUCAUGGAUUCCGCCCCGUUGUUCCAAGUGCAACGAGUUCGGUCACAAGGUAGCACACUGCCCUUCUAAAGGUAACACGCAACUGGGAAAAACUGCUCCCACUGAAAGACCGUCUAAAGUUCAGAGAAGUGAAUUGCCAGAGGAUACCAGACAACCAUUAGACCCCCUGCAAUGUUUAUCAGCUAGUAAUCUUUUUGAUCUGGCAUCUAGAGGUCAUCACUUCACUUGGACUAAUAAUAGUCCUGAGAAUCCGAUUGCAAGGAAACUUGAUAGAGCGGUGGUAAAUGAGCAUUGGCUCCUCACGUACAAUGACUCCUAUGCUACGUUUGAUCAACCAGGCCCUUCUGACCAUUGCCCGUGCAAAGUUACCCUAAACCCGUCAACCUCGCCCCGUCGGAGAACUAGCUUCAAAUUUCUGAACUCUCUAACACUUCUUUCUGAUUUCAGGCCAUUAGUUGAAAAAGUCUGGAAUGCAGAACAUAUCCAAGGCUCCAACAUGUUCCGCAUCUCUUCAAACCUCAAGUCACUGAAGCACCACCUAAGGCGCCUCACCAAGGAAUCAUGCAGCAACAUUCAACAACGAGUUGCAGAGGCUUUUGGUGAACUAAAAGUAGCACAAAAUCAGCUGCUCCAAAACCCCACAUUAGAGUCGGCUAGGCGAGAAGUAGCCCUCCGUGCUACCUGGUCGACAUUGGCGGUGGCAGAGGAGUCUUAUUUUCGGCAGAAGUCCAGAAUACGGUGGCUCAAGGAGGGAGAACAAAAUACGAAGUACUUCCAUCGGGUGGUAUUAGCACGCCAAGCAACUAACUCCAUACGUUUCCUUGUAAAUGAUGCAGGUCUUAAGACAUAUGAUGUUGUGAUGAUGAAAGCCAUGGCUGUCCAACACUAUCGAGAUAUCUUGGGAACGCACGACCACAACAUUAGAUGCUGGUCAAAGACUGAGCUCCAACAAAUACUGCCAUUCAGAUGCUCUGAAGAGGACAACUCAUUCCUUGAAGAAAUCCCUACGGAAAGUGACAUCAGAUCAGUGGUUUUCGAACUUCCAAAGAAUAAAGCACCUGGACCCGAUGGUUAUCCGGUAGAAUUCCUAAAAUCUUGUUGGGAUCUCAUUGGUGCUGACAUAAAUCCUGCUGUGAAAGAGUUCUUUACCUCAGAAAAAAUUCUCAAGCAAUGGAACACUACCUUGAUCUCGUUAAUUCCUAAGGUUAAAGGUGCAGACCCGCUCAAGAAUUUCAGGCCUAUCUCUUGCUGUAACACAGUGUACAAGAUCAUAUCCAAGUUGUUGGUGCGGAAACUUCAACGCAUAAUGCCUCAGGCAGUUGCGAGUAAUCAAACAGCCUUCAUCUCGGGAUGUAAUAUCUCAGAAAACGUGUUGCUUGCGAUAGAACUGGUGGCGGACUUCAAACCUAGAGAUCAGGCACAAAAAGCCCUUCUUAAAGUGGAUCUGAGCAAAGCUUUCGACUCGGUACAUUGGGAAUUCCUACUUUGCAUCCUUCAAGCAUUGAACCUGCCAGGGAAAUUUGUCGGUUGGAUCAGAGAGUGCAUCACCACUCCGACGUUUUCAAUCUCCUUCAAUGGGGAAUCAACAGGGUUUUUUGAGGGGAAACGGGGACUAAGGCAAGGUGACCCUUUAUCACCUCACCUUUUUGUACUUGUUAUGGAUGUGCUAUCUAGACUUCUUGACAGGGCUGUAGUGGAGGGUCGACUGAUGCUCCCACCGAAGUGCAGGUCACCUAUGGUCUCUCAUCUAUGUUUCGCAGAUGACAUCCUUGUAUUCUCAACUAGCUCUCCAGCUUCUUUGGCGGGAAUACUUCGUUUAUUUGAGGCAUUCCAUAGUACCUCAGGCAUGGGACUUAAUAAGCAGAAGAUAAAGCUUUUUGUUGAUGGAGACGAUGCACAAGGUGGGAACUUGUUGGCAGAAAACUUGGGAGUCUCAUUUGCACAUUUACCGGUCAGAUACCUUGGCCUUCCAUUAUCAGCAACUAAACUGGGUCACAGAGAGUGUGCUAAUCUACAAGACAUAAUCAGAUCUCGGAUGUGCUCAUGGACAUCAAGACAUUUGUCGUUCGCAGGGAGGCUACAACUUAUAAAAUCAGUGAUAUUUAGUGUUAUUAACUUCUGGGCUUCUGCUUUUGUUUUGCCUACCAAUUGUGUGACAGAAAUUGAACGAAUGUGUGGAGCAUUUCUCUGGUCAGGGGCUGCAAACACAGCAAAGGGGGCCAAGGUCUCCUGGAGAAAUGUCUGUCAACCUAAGGAAAAGGGGGGCUUGGGACUAAGAAGACUGUCGGACUGGAAUAAGUUGGGCGUGGAAGGAGCUUCUAAAGCUGAGGCAUAUGGCGAGGAAUCUUCUGCGCUGCAAGGUCCGCGACAGCUUGGAGUGAACCGCUUAGCCACGGUCGCUGAAGCUGUAACAGGGGAACAAUGGGUCUUACCUCCCGCUAGAACCGAUGAAAUCCAAUCUAUCCAUAUUGCAAUCCUAGAACUGCAACAACCGUCUAUGGAUCACGAGGACAGAUUUUACUGGUCCAAUGCAUAUGCCUCAGAACGACUGACUCAGUUCUCCACGGCCAAGGCAUGGAAACACUUCCAACCGCGUCUACAGCCAGUCCCCUGGCAUAACGAGGUAUGGUUUGCAAACUCUAUCCCUAAGCAUUCUUUCAUCGUAUGGAUCGCCGCAAAGCAGAGACUCCCCACGAUGGAUCGUAUGGCUGCAUGGGGGACAAAUGUUAACACUUGCUGCCGUCUAUGCGGAACUGAGCCGGAGACUUUGGACCAUUUAUUCUUCCGCUGUAACUAUUCAACCUCUGUUUGGCUGGGGUUGGUAGUGCAUGUCGUGCCUAGGCUGCAAGCUUGCACAACUUUCAUGGCGCAUAUGGAGGUUCUGAGACAGUAUGAUGAUUGCAAGAUCCUCAGGUACAUGUUGCUCCUACUAUUUCAAGCAACAGUUUAUAAUAUCUGGGGCCAACGAAACGCUAGAAUCCACGGGGCGGAAACCAAACCGGCAGCAACACUGCAGAAGGAAAUCAAACGUAUAACAAGACGUAGAAUAUCUUCCCUCAGGCAAGGAAAAGAUUUUAUAAUCGGCAAUGAAAGCCUUCUCAGUAUCUGGUUUCACCAAUUUGACUCCUUGUGA